AUUUCAAAAAUGCAGCCGACGUUGUUAAAGUUUUUCUCUCGCAAUAAUUCGACAGGAAGUGCCGAGAAAAGGGCGUCCGCAUCUAACAAUACUCCUCGUCUAUCGCAAUGUAAUACGCAUGUUUCCAAUGGAGCUUCUGAAGAACAAGUUUGUCGCUUUUGUUAUUUAAGGCGAAUUUUAUAUGAUUCAAGUGACGAGGAGAAUAUCGAUGAUCCAGUUGAACCUCUAGAUAAAUUGAAUGGUUCUUCAUUGGCUCCUGAUGACACGCGGCCACCUCAUGAGGGCACAAACUUGUCAGCCUUUGCUUGUUCAUCACCCUCUGUAAACCGUGGGAAAACGCCUGUCACAGUUCACGAGGCAUCCCCUAAGUUGAGGUCAAAAGUGUCUGAAGCUUUGGACAACUCAGUCCAAAAUUCUUUUGUUGACACGGACUUGGAGGAAGCAACGUUAUGGGAUCAUCUGAGUUUACCAUUUUUACGGCCGGAUAAAAUUAUGGACGCAUUCCAUCGACGCCCGGAUUCGGAUGAAUAUGAUCCUCGAACGCUGUUCGUCCCAAAAGAAUUUAUGAUGAAACAGUCACCAGGAAUGCGACAAUGGUGGGAGCUGAAAACCCGCUACGCUGAUGUGGUGCUAUUAUUCAAAGUUGGAAAAUUUUACGAGAUGUAUCAUAUGGACGCUUCUAUAGGAGUGAAAGAAUUGGGUCUGGUUUACAUGCGUGGCAGUUUUGCUCACUGUGGCUUUCCAGAGGUGGCGUUUCCUCGAAUGGCACACGCAUUAGUGAAUAAGGGUUAUAAAGUCGGUCGCGUGGAGCAAACCGAGUCAGUUGAGGCGAUGACUGAACGGACUCGGGGAAGGCCUGCGCACGAAAAAGUUGUUCGACGUGAGGUCUGCCAAUUACUCACCCCCGGGACAUGCACCGCCACCGAUCGUGCUGAGGUGUCCCACCUGAGUCAGGUAGAGAAUGAAUUCGGUGUCGCCCUACUUAACGCAGUUAAUGGCAUGAUUUUGCUUGGUCAGUUCGCCGAUGAUGGACACCAUUCACGUCUUCGAACGAUCGUCUACGUUUCACUGAUUUUUAACCAGAAUAGCAGCCGUGUUAGCAAAUCCGUUCUUAUUCUUCAUUUUACUGCAUGCAAGAGCGUCACUAUUUCGGACACUCAACCAUAUCACUCUGUCUUUCGCAGUCGAUUACUAAUCACGAGGGGAUCCCGACAGAUUGAAGACUGCCAAACAACAAUUAGCAGUAGAAUGACUGUAGUGGGCUUAGAAAUCAAGAACCGCGAUAUGAUAUACACCGAGCCAGGUUUGGAGAAUAUCACGUUUCUGUAUAAGUUCAUUCCGGGAGCGUGUCCGAAAAGUUACGGCUUCAAUGCGGCCCGAUUGGCUCAUCUGCCUGAUAAGGUGCGUUCAUGUUCUUUUUGUAAUUUUGAAAACAGCGAUGUCGGUACAGUUGAAAAUAAGCCGACGUUUCGGUUACCGUGGCUAACCUUUAUCAAGGCGAUUUUACUAUCGAAUUAUAUUACUUAUCGAUACUUUCGUUUUUUGGUGAAUUGA